GCUCUCCAAACAGUGAUAGUGAAGGAGAGCGAGGGAAACUGAAAACUUUGUGUGUGUAAUGUUUACUGUUAAUUUCUGAUAGUUUAUUUCACCUUUGUUGAAUGUUUUUUCACGUUUUGGCAAUGUUUCCCAUGCAAAUGUGAACUGAGAGAAGGCCGUUUAAUUAAGGCGGAAAGGGCACAGACCUACCCAGUUCCCACUUUAGGAAGAGGAUUAGUGGAAUAAAAACGUCUCGCAUAAAGCUCCGUAAGGAAGAGUUUACACUUUCCGAAAGGAGGGGAGAGGGAGCGAAUAGGGAACCUAAAAGGGCUGUGCAACGUCAGCAUCAACAAUCGAUACCCGGGAAUUGAAGGAGUGAAUAGAGCAGGGGACAGUCGUUGUGGAUACUGCCGCCGCUCUGUUAAAAACAUUCCAGCAGCUCAAUCAUUCCAUUAUCGCGUUGCAGUUUUGCGUAAAACCGCAUACCUUCUGACUGACACUAGCAUAUAGAGGGUUAGCUCACAGGUUGCAUAAAUCUUAUUAUUAUUGAACAAUACGGGAGCAGUGAAAAGAACAGAGAAGGAUAAUAUCUGUAGAGAAGAGGCAACACUAGGUUACAGUUUUCUUUGUUGAGUUCCUCUGCAAAACUAAAGGCUAAAAGAUGUCUAAACCAAAUUACACAGGAACCUUUCACAUGGUGUCUCAAGAUAACUUCGAGAACUACCUCGCAGCUUUGGAUAUUAAUUUUGCCUUGCGGAAGAUAGUGUGUAUGUUGAAGCCCACUAAACAGAUAGUCCACGACCCGGCCACGGGCAGUAUGAAGAUCCGCACACUCACCACCUUUAAGGACUUUGAUAUGGAUUUCAAACUGGGUCAGGUCUUCACCGAGGACCUGGGACCUGUGGAUGGACGAGUCUGUCAGACCACAGUGGACUGGGAGGGUGAUAAGCUGGUGUGUGUUCAGAGAGGAGAGAAGGAGGGAAGAGGAUGGACACACUGGCUGGAGGGAGACAAGCUACACUUGGAGAUGAGAGUUGGAGAUGUGGUCGCCAGGCAACUCUUCAAGAAGGCAGACUGAAACCACUGGGAAGGAUCCCGUUCAUCAACUCAAUUUUCAUGAUUCUCAUUAGAAAAGUCUAGGACUUGGUAUAUAAGUGCCAAAGUUUUAAAAAAUAUGAUCAUCAUUGUUUUAAAAACCAUUACUUAAUGGACAACAUUUAACAUUUAAGAUAUUUUUAAUUAGUGUGCUAUUUCACUGUGGGAAAGAUUGUCAAUGAUCCGUUUUGAAUGUUGUCAUGGUACAGUGCAGGUGAACUGUGUAAACAUUCCCAAUGUGUUUCCUCAUAUAUCACUGCGAUAGUUCCCAAUGCCAUUGAAUGUUCCCUUUUGUGUUGAGUGUGGCUGUUCUGUGUCCAAAUAUACCACCUGAUGCUCCACACUACAAAUACAGAUGUUGCCUCUUUAUGGUACCCAUGUUCUAA